GUACCGGAAGCUGUAUUUUGUAUAGGCCGGAAUUUAAAUCAGUUCACAAUUUUCUAAGAAUCGCUGGGUUAUGUCUAAACGUAAAGGGCAAGUAGUUUUCAGUAGCGAUAGUGAUGACAGCGAUUCCUUAGCUGGAAGUGAUCAGGAAAAUACAAGCUCCAGAGAUAUCAAGAAAGUCAAAGUGGAUGAGCCAUCCUCUAGUUCUUCAUCAUCUUCUUCAGACUCUGAUUCAGAACUUGAAGACGGGUCUUCUAACAAAGGCUCAGACCAUGAAGAGGGUGAAGUUAGUUCAUCCUCAUCUGACUUUAAUAGUGAAUUUGAUGAUGGUUUUAAUGAAUCCUGUGUCGGAGAUGAAAAAGAUCAAGAAUUUUUAAAUUCUUUGAAUCAAAGGGAAAGGGAGGCUGAAAUUUAUCGUCGUAUGCAAGAACGCGAACGCUUGAAAACCCAGCAUGAAAUUAAAGUUAAAUUGCGAAAAGCUAGGAAACAAGGAAGCAUGAAAGAGAGGAAGGCGAAAAAUGAUUCCGCUUCUAGCUCACAAACCAAAAAACGAUCUCGACCUACUCCAGCUGCAAAACAGACAGAGCGACAGUUAGUGAUUGAAGAGAAAAAAAGUGAUAAAUAUUCAAUAUUCGACGAUUUUAAGGCUACACGUCAAAAAAAACUUCAGCAAGACGCUCAAAGAGAAGAAAGGAAGAAAGCUCAGGAAAAAAAGCUACGUGUUUCAGAUAUUUAUGAAUCUGAUGAUGACUCUUCCGAAGAAGGAGAAGCAUCAGAUGAUUCUACAAGAGACAAAGUUAAAGUACACAAAUCAUCUCCAUAUUUCACUCCAACCAUAACGUCAAGUAGCGACUCAGGUUCUGAUUCACAUUCGGAUGCAGAGAGCUUAUCGCCAAGGAGGGAUACCCCUAAAUACAUUCAAACACGGGCUGAAUUGUCCAAAAUCAGACUGUCUCGUCAUAAAAUGGAAAAGUGGUGUCAUAUGCCAUUCUUCAAAGAAACUGUCAUUGGAUGUUUUGUUCGAAUAGGCAUAGGAAACCACAAUGGAAGCACAGUCUAUAGAAUUGCUGAAGUUAUCGAUGUGGUUGAGACGGGUAAAAUAUACAACUUGGGGUCGACUCGCACAAACAAAGGCUUACGCUUAAAAAGUGCAGGUUCUGAGAGAGUUUACAGACUUGAAUUUAUAUCGAACCAAGAUUUCACUGAUUCUGAAUUUAAUUUUUGGAAAAAACAAAUGGAUGAAAAAUAUAAAACAUUUCCAUCAACUGAACAUGUUGAACUCAAAACUAAGCAUAUUAAAAGUGCACUUAAUUAUCAAUUCGCAGAAAAAGAUAUAGAUGUUAUCCUGAAAGAAAAGGAACGUUUUAAAAAGACACCGCAUAAUUUUGCUCUUAAGAAAACUGAGCUUCUUAAGGAGAGAGAUAUCGCCAUGGAAAAUGAUGAUAGAGAAAAAGAAUCAGAGAUUAAAAGGCAGUUAGAGGAACUCGAAACUCGUGCUAAAGAGAUUGAUCGUUUAAGGACGAGUAACAUUCGAAAUGUUUCAACCAUUAACCAACGAAACAGACAAGAUAAUGUCAAAAGAGCCGAAGAUGCUUUCAAAGCUGAAACGGCUGAAAGGAAAAAGGCAAAAGCCGAUCCGUUUACGCGUACUCGAGGCAAACCUACUCUUGUUACAAAAUCGAAGAAUCCAGAAAUUGAUGCGCAAAUAAAACAACGCUAUAUGGAUGCUUAUAAACCAAUUUCUACAGAAGACGUCGCAGCUGAAUUUUCUAUAAAACAAGGAAAGGAUGGUCGGUCAAAGACCUCAGAAGAUAAGAAUGAUUCGUCCAUGAAUUUAUACGACGCUCAUAAUUUUAAUGUCAAUAUCAAUAUAGAUCUCCCUCACGUUGAUAUGGGUGUGAAAUCAAAUGCUAAGCAGCAAGGAAAGCCCAGCAGUCAGAAGAAAUCGCUUAAUUUAGAAGACUAUAAAAGACGUCAUGGUCAAAAUUAA